AUGCGACCAGCCAUCGACAUAGAGCAACAUCGGGAUGAAAUCGAACAGCGCAUUCGCGACAAGACAUGGAACACUACACAGGCAAUCGCGUGGCUACGCGCGAACGGUACAGAGAUCAAACCUACAGCUUUCAAGAAGCGACUCAAGCAAUGGGGGGUGGAGAUCAAGCCUAGACGGCAGAUAGACGACUCAGAAGUAYAGCUCAAACAGAAGGUUGAGGAGCUCUUUUGGACGCGGGACAUAGGCGAUGAUGAGUCCUGCAAGAUACUCAACACUGAGGGACAUACUAUAUCGGUAUGGCAGUACAAAAGGCUGCGUAGGUCUCUAGGCCUGAAAAGGAGCAUAUCAAAGGAAGAGCAGGCGGAUCACAACGCYGUUAUCACACAGGUGUUGACAGACGAACUCGCUGGUACCACUGUGGAUGAUUACGGAUACCGCAAUCUUGCGAGAGCUUUGCGAACGAGACAUCAUCUGAUUGGCAGGGACCGURUCUACAGCAUCGCUCGCAGGAUGCAUCCUGCAGGCCCUGCCGCAAGGACAGUCGGUGGGCGAGAUCGUGUAGGCUCAUCGCUUCCUAGGGCCCGCGAACCUGAUCAUAUAUGGCCUCUUGAUGGCUAUUGCGAGCUGGAGUACAUGCCUCACUGA